UUUCAAGCCCACCCAUUGGCAGAUAAAAGCCACCUACCACUGGGCAGCUGUUCAUAACUCUCAACUCAUUAGCUCAGCAGUGACUCUCUCUCUCUCUCUCUCUCUCUCUCUCUCUGACUAAAGGGGCGUUCUGAGAUCACAUAUAACAAUGGUGAAGGCUGUCGUCGUUCUUAACAGCAGUGAGGGUGUAAAUGGCACUGUAUACUUCACCCAAGAAGGAGAUGGUCCGACAACAGUUACUGGAAGCCUUUCUGGCCUUAAACCUGGAGCUCAUGGUUUCCACGUCCAUGCUCUUGGUGAUACGACAAAUGGUUGCAUGUCAACUGGACCACAUUUUAAUCCUGCUGGAAAAGACCAUGGUGCUCCUGAGGAUGAGCAUCGCCAUGCUGGUGACCUUGGUAACGUCAUAGUUGGCGAAGAUGGUACUGCAAGUUUCACUAUCGUUGACAAACAGAUCCCUCUUUCAGGACCACAUUCCAUCAUUGGAAGGGCUGUUGUUGUUCAUGCUGACCCGGAUGAUCUUGGAAAGGGUGGUCAUGAACUAAGCAAAACCACAGGAAAUGCUGGCGGAAGGAUUGCCUGUGGUAUCAUUGGCCUGCAGGGUUGAUACUGGUGCUGUUUACUUGAGUAUCCUGCCACCAAUUUAGAACCGUAUAAGUUUGUGAAAGUCGAGUUGCUGGUGAAUAAGGAUUACUAAAUGAACUUAAUAUGGUUUCAAUCUUUUGAUUCUGUACUGCAUUUUGCCUUACUUUUUUUCUUGUGCGCCUUUUCGUGUGAUGGGUUUAACUUGGUGGCUCCUUUUUGUUUGAACUAUGGAUAUGGAAAUUAAUUUGAGUAUUUCCUGUUUGUGAUCUCA